AUGGAUAUUGCAAGCGCCGCGCAAUGUUGGACCCUGUUCAUGGUUGCACGGUUGUGCGGGUUCGGCCAGGGUACCAAAGAAACUGAUAAAAAGAGCAUGAGGCACACAUAUUGCGGGAGUUGCUACGUUGAUGGCGGGAGAGGUGCGUGCGUGAUCUGGGCAUGGGUUGAGUUUAUCGUUCAAUACCAACAAAGUUCGAGGCGCAAGACGAGGAAAGAAUAAAAAAAAAAAAUUGGUAGCCCC